GGCAGGCCUCCAGCAGCCCUGGGAGGGGGAGGAUGGGGCAGGGUGGGGCUGCUGUGGUCGCCGGGAGUACUGGGGGGGCAGUCGGUGAGGCCCAGCCUGAGGGAUGCUGCCUGACCCACACAGCCUGUGCAACGGUCCUGGUCCUGACAGCCACCAUGACGUUCCCCCUGGAGAAGGCUCUGGAUGUGAUGGUGUCUACUUUCCACAAGUACUCUGGCAAGGAGGGUGACAAGUUCAAGCUCAACAGAUCAGAGUUAAAGGAGCUGCUGAUGCGGGAGCUGCCCAGCUUCUUGGGGAAAAGGACGGAUGAAGCCGCCUUCCAAAAGCUGAUGAGCAACUUGGACAGCAACAGAGACAACGAGGUUGACUUCCAGGAGUACUGUGUCUUCCUGUCCUGCGUCGCCAUGAUGUGCAAUGAAUUCUUCGAAGGCUUCCCUGAUAAGCAGCCCCGGAAGAAGUAAAGGCCUCUGUGCGGGAGGGGUUGGGUCCACCAGCUGAGGUCUUACCUGUUGGCAGCAGGCACAGGACCUCACCCUGGCUCCCCAGAUGUGUGCAAGUUGUAGACCAUGUUUAAUAAAGAUUCUUGGAAGCUUU